GAUCUGUCACUCCCCAGAGAAGAGGGAAAGAAGACUAUUAAGGUUGGUGAGUGUAAACUUCACUAUUGCAAAGGCAAAAUACCUUUUCAGAGAUAUAUUAUCACUCCAGUACAUUGAUUUUACUGAGCAUAUCUGUCAUUGCAUCUGCAACAUCUUAUGUCCAAAGGUAGCAGUUCAGCACAGUUACAAGAGCCCAAGAGCUACAGAUAAGGUCACAAAUUGUCUCUCGCUGCUAUGCUUUACCUGCCUGCUGUGUUCUCUGAUCUGCUUCUAUGAUAUAUCUGAGAUGAUCUGUUGAAAAUGGACUGUUAUCAAUAGAUUUAUUCAAACAAGAGUGGUAUUUUUCAUAAAAUUACAAUGAGUUGUAUUCCUUAUAAUAUACUGUAGAAUAUACAGAAGAUACAGUACAGGUCAGCCUGUAGUUACACUCUGUCAAUAUGUAAAGGAUCAUACCUUACUCAUGUGCAUGUGGCCUUGUGCCAUUAGAGAAGCUGCUGUAAAUGUCAGACAAAGGCUGCUUAUUCAGGGUGAUUGCAGUUUCAUGAGGAACAUCAGUCUCUCUGACGGCAGUAUAUUAAGCCCACUUCCUGUAUAUACCUGCUGUGAAAAGAGGAACAUUGUCAGAGAGAUGGGGCUCGCCAUCCCAAACAGGUGGCCAGAUGACAGUGCCCAUUUCUUACUCGAACCCUGUCAGUUUAUCUAUGUGAACUAAUCUCAGACUCUGGAAAAAAAUGACUGAGUUACUGUAUAAAGUUACUGUAUUCAUUUACUUCCUUGCCAUCAGUUGUGAGGUCUGACUCUCUGUUUGAUUCUGUGGUUUUUCAUUGGAACCUGUGACGCAGCUGUACAUUUCCCGACAUAACAGGGAAACUAUUUAUUUACUGUAAUCCUUUGGCUUCAGUUAUUCGUCUCAGAUGUCAUGGCAGACCAGGAGGAUUCAUUGCAGGCCAUGCAGAACUGCUUCCGCAGUCAGUUUAGUGUGGAGGAGGUUGAGUGUGAGGACAUUGAAGCAUACAGGAGAACACCAUCGGUUGAUGAAGACAGUAUCUAUCUUGCCUGCACACUGUCACGAUCAUACGACCCUGGAGACUCUGAUCUUCACAACACUCCUGUUAUCAAGAUGGGUUGGCUGGACAAGACCCCACCUCAGGGGAGCCUUAUUUUCCAGAAGCGUUGGGUGAUGUUAGAUGCACAGUACCUUCGAUACUUUCAAAACGAGAAGGAGGUCUACUCAAAGCGGAUCAUAGCCAUACCGUCUGUCAAUGAAGUGCUUAACGUUGGAGAGCAGAAGUUUGAGGUGGUGACAAGGAACAGGACUUUCUUGUUCCGUGCUGAAAACAACACUGUCAGGGAGGAAUGGGUGUCAGUACUGAAAGAAACUAUUCAGCAGCAUCGUAACAGCAUGGAGAUGUCCCUUAUGAACUUCAGUUUUACCAGUGGACAGUGUGAUAGUGGAGUCUCUCUCGUUAGUAAACAAGGAUACCUGGAGAUUAAUGGACUGCGCUCCAAAGUCUAUGUAGUCAUCUGUGCAGACAGGGUCUUCCUCUACGGGAACGCUGAGGAGUACAGCCAGGGUGUUGGCAUCACCUCCAUUGAGAUGAAUGUGGGUACUGUGAAGAGCACAGACAAACGGUCCUUUAACCUCACCACCUUCUACAGGACAUUCAGUUUUCUGGCCGAGUCGGCGCAGCAGAGAGAUCAGUGGGUGGUUGCCCUGCAGGCCUGUGUCAGUCGCUCUCUGUCCAGUGACGUGGUGGCCCACAAGAUCUGGGCUGAGAAGGCCAACCAGCGCUGUGCUGACUGUGGCGCCCCCCACCCAGACUGGGCCUCUGUCAACCUCUGUGUGGUCCUCUGCAAGUGCUGUGCAGGCGUGCACAGGGGUCUGGGCCAGAGUGUGUCCAAAGUUCGCAGUCUGAGGAUGGAUGAAACAGUGUGGACUGAUAACCUUAUUCAGGUGUUCCUGUUAGGUAACAACAGGGUAAACCUGUUCUGGGCAGCUAACAUGCCACCAAGCGAGGCGCUCCACCCAUCAAGUGAUAGUGAGAAGCGCCAGCGCUUUAUCACUGCUAAGUACUGUCAGGGGAAAUACCGCCGCUACCAUGCUCUGUUUGGCCAACAGGAGGCCCUCAACAAAGCUCUGUGCAGUACCGUUCAGACGGGUGAUGUUUUGGAGACUCUGUCUCUGGUGUUCUGUGGAGCAGAUGUGAAUUGUUAUACAGGUGAUCCAGAGCUGCCCAGCCCUGUGUCCAUGGCCCAACACUAUGGACAGAUACUACAGGUGGAGUUCCUCACUCACAACCACAACACAGAGCUGCCAGGGUCUAGGGCUGGAGAUCACACACUCCUAGAGGCUGCUUUCCCCGUCUCACACACUGGUUAUCUCUUCAAGACCGCUUCCUCAAUACGGCCAGUAACAGAGCACAAAGCAAAAGGAGAUUUUAGUCGUCGCUGGUGCUCUCUGAACCAAGGUAACUUCAGCUACUAUGAGAGUGAGAAGAGCUCCAGUCAGAGGGGAGGGAUGAAGAUGAGUGAUGUCCUGUGUCUGUUGGUCAACCCCCUAGGGAAACAUGGUUAUGCCCAUUCCUUUGAGCUGUACCAUGACUCUGGGAAAGUCUAUCUAUUUGGAGAAGACUCCUCUGACAAAGUGAGAGGGUGGAUCAAGGCCAUCGCCAAGGCGCUGGUCCCAUCUGCAGCAGAGGACCUGGUGUGCUGGUCCUUUGAGAGGGUGGGCCAGUUGCGCUACACUGAGGGCCAGAGCCUCCAUUGCCCUCGCCUGGGCUGGUUCUCCCUGGGGGGCUCCAGAUUGCGCCUACUCCUCCACGGAGCAGAUCGAGUGGAGAACAUCGACCUGCGCAAAAUAAAGGAGCUCUCCAUUGAGCAGGAGGCUGGUGCUGGUGCUGUGGUGCUGGUGGACAGAGGCAGGAGCCUGCGUGUGGAGGGGGUCAGGAGGCCUGACUUCCAGGGCUGGCUGAGUGGGCUCAAGCAGGGCUCAGGGAGAGGAGAAGGCCCCCUGGAACAGCAGCAGCUCACUGACACAGACAUCCCUGUCAUCGUGGACCGCUGCAUGAGCUACAUCACACAGCAUGGUUUGAAGUCAGAGGGCAUCUAUCGGAGGUGUGGUGUGAACUCCAGGAUUGCCGCCCUACUGUUCUUUCUCCGCCAUGAUGCCCGGCAGGUCCGUCUGAGUGAAGGGGAGCGCCAGGUGGAUGACGUGGCCAAUGUCCUGAAGAGGUUCCUCAGGGAAGUGGGAGAUGGUGUUUUCAACGGCUAUCAGGCCUCUCUGCAAUGGCUCCACACCACUACUGUCAGUGAGAUGAGUGAGAGAGUGUCCAAGUACCAGGCCCUCCUCCACAGCCUCCCCCCAGUCAACAGAGCCACUCUGGGGGCUGUCAUCAACCACCUCUACUGCAUCCAGUGCUUUGCAAAUGAGAAUCAGAUGAACAUGCACAACCUGGCCAUUGUGUUUGGUCCCACGCUCUUCCAGACGGACGGCACUGAUAAAAGCGCAGGACAGGUGGUAGAGGAUCUAAUCCAGAACUACCAGGACAUCUUCAAUGUGGAUGCAGAGCAGCUUCAGAGGCAGCUGGACAUGAUCUCUCAUGUCAUCAAAGCGCAGGAGGAACACGCUGAGGAGGGAAGCCCCUCACCUCUCACCAUCUGUGGGGUUUACCUCGAGAGGAAGGCGGAGGGCUCUGAACUGCUGGUUCAGAUCUCCCAGGAAGUGAGUGCUGCGGAGCUGGUAGGUAAGGUCCUGAGACGCAGGAACAUCCCUCCACAGCAGGGGGACUACUGGAGCUGCUUCCUGGUCAGCGACAACCAGGAGAUAGAGCGUCCAUUGCACUAUCAGGAGCGAGUGCUGACCAUCUAUUUCUCUCUGGGUAAAGACUGUCAUCUGGUGGUCAAGAGGAACUGCUACAUGGAGGCCAUUCUCAUCAACAUAGCAGGCAAGGUAGAUGUGUCAAGAAACGGUCUGAUCAAGUUCUGUGAAGAGAAGCGUCAACGGGGUAAGGGAACCUUCAGCAGACGCCUCUGUGUGCUCAGUGGCGUGUCUCUAAGGCUGUACAAAGAAGUAAAGAGUUCUCAGCCUGAGAGGGAGUGUCCAGUCCAUGCUCUGAAGGUCUACUGUGGUAUCAAGAAGAAGCUACAGCCACCGUCAUGCUGGGGGAUGACUGUAGUGUGUGAGAAGGCAGUACGAGACAUACAGCAAUGGUACCUGUGCUGUGAAUCAAAGAAGGAGCUGAUCGAGUGGCUGGCCACUUUUAUGAGCCUCCAGCAUGAUGGUGACCUGUGGCCAGCAGCUUCCAGGCUAGAUUCUUGAUCUGAGGCUGAAGCGGAAAUAACCUGAUCCUGCUUUCCCAAUCCCAUGUACUUCAAGUCUUCAGGUCUUUUCUGGAAAGAAAUGCGCUUUUACAGUAUAUCAAAUCAAUAACCUCAAAGUAUAUAUUUUCUCUGUUAAUAUUUGGUUGAACCUAUUUAUAACCCACAGCUAUGGUAAUAAUAGGGGAGGCAGUAUAGAACUACAAUAUAACAACAAACUCCCAUUCUAAAUAUGAAUAACAAUAAUAUUAGAGGCACAUGAGAAAUAUAAUCUAAACGCCAUGUUGAAUUUGAGGUGGACAUAAUGACAAUGUUGGAGAGCUGUAGUAGUAAAGCCAUCUAAGAUUAGACACAGAGCUUUCUGUUCAUGUCAUUAUGGUAACAGUGGUGGUCAGUAAUUAAUGGAGAGCAGGAUUUCUACCCUGUCAUUACUCAAGACCACAGCUUGUUGUAUUACAGAGAUGUGCAGUUUAUAUUACUUUCAUUAAUUUCAAUAGCUCAUCUUUUAACAGUACCUUAACAUGAAAAGGAAUAUUUUUAUUUUAUUUUUAACUAGGCAAGUCAGUUAAGAACACAUUUUUAUUUACAAUGACGGCC